GAAGUCUGGCACCAAAAAGUUAGGAAAUGAAAGAAUAAAAUGUGUAUAAGCAAUGCUAAUUCUGUUCUAUGUGUAUAUGUAUUUGGAGAUAGUCUUAAUUUACUAUCAUGUGUUAUUAAUUGAAAAUUGAUCAUCCUUUUUCAGUCUCUCAUAAUUCAGGAAAGGAUCCAGCCUUGUUUCAUACUGUACAGCAAAACCCUGCUAGACCUUGCACAGAAAUAUUCAUUUGCUUAUUAAUGUUUUCACUGGUGUUUGUCACAUUAUCUGUGUGCCACAAAACUGUUAGUGUGUAUUUUGUUACUCACUUGUUAGUGUUGGAAUGUAUUUUCAUCCCACUUACUAGUGGAAAAAAAUGAUGAAAAGAUAAAAUUGCUUACGAAUGUCACAUGUAAAUCAGAGGCAGUCCUGAAUGUGAAGCAGAAAGCCCUGACUCCUUGUCCCUGUGUUCAUUCUUCCCAGUUAUGUUUCUUUAUUCAAAGAAAUGUGUACCUGCUGCUUCUGUUUUUUUCAUGGGUGUUUGCAAGGCUUAGGAACACUUAAAUGAGUGACUGCAAAGCUGAGCACUCAGUAAAGGGGAAAUGAAAGAUGUGAAGCCGCAUGAGAGAUGUUUAACUUGCUUUCAGCAGAAAGCUCUGCUUCAUCUUUGUGACUCUUCUAUUAGUUGGAACAAUAUUUUAUCCUAAUUUUAUCCAUGAGGAAUCAAGAAAGAGAGAUCUGAAGGCCUUACUGUGGAAAGGUGACUCAGUGCUUUGGUUUACUGUUCUGGUUCAUCAUUUUAAAUGACUACUUCAGAUGUCAAGACAGAAAAUACAGAGGAUAUUCUCGUGAUAUAUGAACAAGAAGCAGAAGAGUGGGCUCUGUAUUUAAAAUCGCUUUUUGGACACAUAGUGAAUGAAGAAGGAAUCUUACUCUACAAUAUAGAGACUUCGUCUUUCAAGCAGCAGGAGCUAUUCUCUUUACCAUCUUAUAAAUGUAAACUCCUUAUCCUAUCAUGUGGACUUCUUAACUGCCUGAAUCAAAAGAGAAGUUACUUUCUGGAGCGAGUUCUAAGACCUCCAGAUAAUGUGGUGAUUCUGCUUUGUGGGGUGGAGAAUUCGGAGGUACUUUAUGAGACACUGACCUUAGAUAGAGGCAGCAACGAGAUUUCCACUGAUCAGGAACCUGAAGAGUAUUUGUCUGUUGUUACUGGAAUUAUUCAACCAGAUCACAAGACUAGCUCUGAUGCUACCUUGUCAGAUGUCAGGAGAGCAUCAGAAAAAACAGACCUCAUUUUUAAAACAGAGAUACUUUCUGAAACAUUAGAAACUAACAAGCAGUCGAUAUUGGUGCUUCCAGGAAGACUAUCAUGUGAGAACCCUGGUGAAAUAUUCAUUUUGUUGAAAGAUGAAAUAGAUGAUGAAACUUUAGAAAUUGAAUUCAUAGCAGAUAAUCAACGAAUUAGGACACAGCCAGCCUCUUGGACUAAGAAGAUCAAGUACAUGAAAGCCUUAGAUUUUCCUGCUGGCCCUGUUUAUGUAAAUGUGUAUUGUGGAGGAGUCGUGAAGACCACAGCACAGAUCGAGUACUAUACUACACUAGAGGAGAUUGAGCACAUUUUUAAGAAAGUGGCUGACCCAAUAGCUUUCACUUGUCAGGCUUUUAAAUUUUCUUCUGUGGAGAAGCUGGACAAUGUUUUGACUUUUUUAUUGAAAAGCAAAAUGUCUACUUAUGAAUUCAGCCCAUUCCAGAAUGAAGAGCACCAUCAACAAGCUAAUAGCUAUUUGGAAGAAUUUCCUACUCUCCUUCACUGCGCAGCCAGAUUUGGAUUAAAGAACCUCGCAACUUUUCUACUCGAUUCUCCUGAGGCCGCAAAGGUCUGCAAAAUAACCAACAAAUAUGGAGAGGAUCCAGCAACUAUCGCUGAGAAGCACGGGCACAGGGAACUAAGAAAAUUAAUCAGAGAAUUGUCAAUUAAUACAGCAGACAAUUUCACCAAUUGCAAGGUGGAAGCAGAAGAUGAUGACACUUACGUGGUUAUGCUAGGCUCAGAAACUCAACCUGCCAUGACAUUAAAAGCCAAGCAGAACCCAGGAGAUCAAUAUGGAAUUGGUUCAAGAUGCCAACAAGAGGCUGAGGUGGGUGAGGAAAAGAAAGAUGAUAUGGAAGACAGCAGAGAGACAGAACAUGAAGAUCAAGAAGAUUCAUACAGCUUUCACAACCGUCCUGACAAUUUGUAUGCCGGCAUACCUGAUGUUCUCAAAGAGAAGAGAAGAAACUGCUUUUUUUGUACGGGGCCACCUCCUCCUCCCCCUCAAAACCUGCCUGGCAUCCUAAGACAGAAUGAUUUAUCAAAAGAGAGGAAGUCUGUGGAGGACGGAAGUGAAAGACAACAUGGUGAUAGACUUAUAACAGCAUGCUACAAAGAAGAUACAUGCGAGAGAGACAGUGGGGGGGAAGACCUGUACACUUUCAGGACACUGGAUGAAUCUGUGUAUGAUUUCAUACCAGUUGAGGUCAAGUCUUUUAUCGUGAACAGGCCACCAGCCCCUGCCCCUCGUCCAGUAUAUUCACCAGUCAGAGAGGAGAAUGCUCCCUAUAUAAUGCAAGUGUUUCAGCAAAAGGCCACUCGAGUGCCCAGUGACAGCAACGGAACGUACUGCAAUGCCAGGAAGCCCGCACACAGAGGUCAUGCUGACGCAGUAACUGAUAGUACUGUGCAACACAGCAUCCCUACUGAACAGGAAGAACUCAUCCACUUGCAGGAACAGGUGGAAAACGGAACAACUUCUGUGUAUGAAACCCUUGACAGAUUUCAACAGUGGCAGAAGGAAAAACAGAGACUACAGUCCUCUCAACAGGAAAAAGCACACCACCUUAGAGACAGCAUUGUUGGAAACAGACUAGAAAAGGAAAAUCGAAAUGUUCCUAAGGAAAGCAGACCAAAGAGCAUUCAUUUCAGAGACUUGUUGUUCCACAUGCCAUUUAAUAAAGCGUCUCCAACUAGGAGCCCAACAGACAAGGAGCAGAUGCCUAAUUAAUAGAGUGCGAUUCGCAGGCCGGCUGCGCCUCAGUUUCCUCGCCCUGGCAUCCCACACAUCUCUAAGCCAAAUCCUAACACUCGGCCUCCAGCACAACCUGCUGUGAAAUGGCCAUUUGAGCAUCAUUGUGCUUCCAGUAUACUGGAAUCUCUCACCUGGGCCAACUGUGGAAGAAGUCCAGUAUCACUAAAGCAAAUUAAUAAGACAUUUUGUAAAGUCAGCAACGAAUUUUACAUUUAUUUCUUUGCCAAUAUUUUUAUAAGAUGCCAGCAGAGGAUUUACAUAAAGAUACAUUGUGUGCUUUGGGUAACUAGUUUUAAACUCAUUUCAGUUUUUCCAUAAUGCUUGAUGAUUGUUUAAAAGUGAAAUUUAUGCACCAAAGAGGAAGAUCAUGAAAAGUUACUAUGAUUAUGAAGUUAUAAUACGCAAGAGUUAGGUUUUACUUUCUGUUAAGAUGUUUUUGUAUAACCUUUUUAUAUAAAUUUGUUUUUCCUAGGAAUAAUUGUACUCCUCUACUAAUUUAAAUAAUUGCACUCAAAGCAAAGCUAAUCUCUAAAGUCAAGCUAUGUAAAUCAGUACAAAGUAUCUACUAAUGCAUUAAACUGAUUACAAGAAUGGCGGUUACAAGGAAGUUGUGUUUUGUUUAACAAGUUGUCCAAGAUAAGUGAUAACCAGAGUAUGCCCAAAAACAAGUCUACUGCAUUUACAGAGCAAAAGUAAAGGAAUAAAUACGGUUAAUGAGUAUAAUGGCCUGCAUUCCCACAGCAAUGGACUCCAAAAUUUAAGUGAGCAUGUAACAAGACAAAAGUAUCCAAGAUGACUUCCUCUGCUUCAUAAAUAAGAA